AUACCAACUGGCAUUUUACAGGUUAACACCAAAGAUGAAGAGAGUGGGAUCCAGGAGCAAGCAAGGAAACCCAGAGAGCUGCGCAUGAUUCCAUACAUGAUCACCAUUGGAGAUGCCAUACACAACUUUGCGGAUGGUCUCGCUAUUGGUGCUGCAUUUGCUACCUCCUGGAAGACGGGUCUGGCAACAUCGCUGGCGGUGUUAUGUCAUGAACUUCCACAUGAACUAGGUGACUUUGCUGCCUUACUACACGCUGGCCUCAGUGUGCGCCUGGCGUUGCUACUGAAUUUCGCCAGUGCGCUCACUUCAUUCAUCGGUCUGUAUAUUGGACUCUCGGUAUCUGCAGACUACGCGGUACAGCAGUGGAUCUUCUCUGUAGCCACCGGGUUAUUCCUCUACGUGGCUCUCGCAGACAUGCUGCCUGCGAUGAUGAAUGUGAGAGAUCGCCGACCGUGGCUCCUUUUCUUUCUUCAUAAUUUGGGACUCUUCGUGGGCUGGAUAAUUCUCUUGCUCCUAUCUCUAUAUGAGGAUAAUAUUGCUGUGUGACCUCAAUAAGUGGCUGCCACAUCCUCACAAGCAUACAGUAACCUUCUACACAAGGACACCCUGAACUGGCAUCACACUGCAUCCUCACAAGCAUACAGUGACCUUCUACACAAGGACACCCUGAACUGGCAUCACGCUGCAUACUUACAUAGUUUAUCGUCCAUUUUUUUAAUCCAAAAUCUGCCCCCCCCCCCCAUAACCCUUCCAACUAUUGAGAAUACAGAGUCUCCCUAGGUCUGGGAGCUCUCAUUCUCUCAUCUAUCCACUUAGCUCCUAUACCUGUGAGUUUACCUGACUUGUUCAACCAAACCUCAUCUACCUCCUACUGGACUCAUUACAAUCAUUCAGGGAUAUGUUCAGUGCACCAGAGACCCUAAUGGUCCGUGUCUCUAGAUUUCUGAUGAUUUAGCUAAAUGUCCUGCACUGAAAAACUCUAAAUGCUGCUGAGAUGUCUCACUUUAUAGCAUAAGAAAACAGUUUACAGUGUAACAGACAGAAGUGUGACUUUUAAUCAUGACAACAUAUUAUAAAAGGAUAUGGUAUAAAAAUUA